AUGACUCUUUACGCUGGUGUUCAUGUAUUGAAGAACUGCUCUCUUGUUUUUGUGACUUCAGCCAAUGGUUUAUUUGUUUACGUAAAUGACUGUAUAUUGAAGAAAUCUCAUGGCUUUGAUCAUGGUGAAAAAAUUCCUGUCAGAUUUGUGCAGUUAUUAGAGAGAUGGCUGACAAUUGUGGAAUUCACACAGGCAUUUGUAGAAAUGACUGCAAGUCGAAUUGGCGGUCGAGGUGCGAGAUGGGCUGUCAUUGUUGUUAUUUCGCUCAUAAAGGCUUGCAUGAGACUGGUGUUGUUGUAUGCAUUCAAAUCAAACAUUCAAACUCAUCCACCAGUGAAAAAAAUGACUCGGGAAACUCUAUUUUCUAAAGAUCAAGAUGUCAACUCUAAUAAUAUUGAAAACAAAUCUAAACCAUAUGUAUACGUGGGCCGAAGGACAGGCCACGUCAUGAGAACAUUGGACCACACUUCACCGACACAUUCAAGAAGCUGGGAAACACCCAAGCCUUCGUCAGUGUCUUUUGAGCUUGAAGGAAAGGUCGUUAAUUCUUCGUUUCCGACUCCACCAGGAUCUCCAACAGAGUUAAAUAAUUUGGAAAGAGUUGGGGAAACUUUACACAUCCUGCGACCAAUAAUACAUUUAAUUGGUGUUGGUUUUUUCGGCACACAAUCAGUCGUACCAUGGUUAGCAUCUCUAGUCACUGAUGCUUCAUCACAUACUUUGCUUAAUGGGCAUGUCCAAGAAAAGUUGAAAACAUCCACAAGAUUUAACAGUGACGAACGUAAAGAAUUGCGACGUCGAGCUGCAGUUAUGAUAUUUUAUUUGCUACGAUCUCCAAUAUAUGAUAGAUUCACAAAGGUUAAAGUAAUGAAGAUGAUUCAAGUUUUAUCUGAUCAUGUGCCUCUCGUUCGUUUCAUUCUUCAACCACUCGCUCGAUACUUACCUGCUUGGCAACAAGUUUAUUUCUAUACUUGGAAAGAAUAAAGAUUUUCUAUUGAAAAGAAUUCCUAACUGAGUGAUGAGAAGUUUACAGGCCAGGCCUGAAAUGUUAUCAAAUAUGCAAAAUGGGGUGAUUUCAACUUGUCAUCGAGGAUGACAUAGCCUACUAUGAAAUUCAAGGUGUUUUCUAAUUGUUUCGAAAAAGCGCGUGGAUUAUGUUACAAUCGGUUGUGUCUUAUGUGUGAUGAAGCAUGAUAUUCCCUUGAUUUUUACCCAAGACGAAGAUAGAUGACAAACUAAUGUUCUGUUUUUGAAUCCUUUUUGAUCUUACAGCAAUGAAUAAUUUGAGCUGAUCGAUUUCCUCUUAAAAAAAAUCUUCAAUACCAAUCACCAGUAUUACCGCUGGUCCCCUGAUUGUUUGAAUCUUUAGCUAAUCAGGUAUUAUGAUGUAUCCACCCAUAGAUUCAGUGUAUUUGUCAUUUUUAAAGAUUCCUAAUUUUAGUGUAAAACUCUUAUCAUGGUCAUGAUGUGGAAUGUUGAUGCACAUUUUCGAAUUUAUUUAUUUCACAAGUACAAUAAUGUUGCAAAUUAGAUUGGAGUGACCUAUCACUGCGUUUUUUUAAUUUUCAUUUCGUUUUGGAUCCUAUUCGUGUUUGUGAACUUUGUCAUCUGCAUAUUUUUUGGUAUCCCAGUUUUUCGGGCUUCUCGGACAAUAUCCACAUUUGUUUUUCAUUCAUUCGACAUUCUUCAUUCUAAGUCAUUAUUCAAACUUAAAAUUGUCAACAUUUGGAUCCAGGCCUACUCAUCUCUAUAUAUCUUUUAUGUAGAACUCUUGUGUUUACGGCAAGUGCCUGUACUGUGUAUCUCAUGUACUGUCGAGCCAGUAUCUUCUAUUAGAAAUGUUCUACCUGACAAAGAACUUCCUAAACAAUUGAGGUUAUUUGUUAGCUUCAACCUGAAUCAGACUGAAAUCUUCAUCUUCAAUUGCAAACAUUAAGUAUUUUUUGAUAAUCUAAUAAAUUGUGCUUUUGAUUUCUCGAUUUUAAUUAUUAUCAUUCCUUGUGUAAAUAUUCAAUCAUUGUUUGAUUGUUACAACUACUGCUCAUUAAUAUUAUUUGAAUAUUUUUAAUAAAUAUUGUAAUUGCGAA